AUGCUGAUUUUCAGCUUCUUCAAGACCCUGACGGGUCAGACAGUCACAGUAGAGCUCAAGAAUGACGUCAGCUUGACGGGAACACUAAAGAGCGUGGAUCAAUUCUUGAACUUUAGGAUUGUGGAUGUGCAAUUGAAACAGGGAGAUGAAGUCAGGUGGCCUCAUUUGGUGAGUGACUUCAGGGCAUAGAUCUGAUGGCUGUGAAGCACAGGGUGUAUGCGAGCUCCAACACGAGCAGACCACUCCAGAUUAGCACAGAGAGCAAGGAUGCUCCACGUGAGACCGCUUGUGAUGACUGACCCACUCUGUCUUCUCCGAGCGAAUACAGGCGGCGGUCAGGUCAGCUUUCAUCCGCGGGUCGGUAGUGAGGUACGUGCACUGCCCUGCAGCUGCGGUGGACACGCAGUUGUUGGAGGAUGCGACCAGACGAGGUGAGUCAGUGUCGAGGAUGCAGACAUUCAGGGGCUUGACGUCGGCUGGGACAGCGUCACUUGCGUACAUAUGGCUUAAGAGGGUGCCAGGGUACCAGAGUCUUGCGGCGUCCAAGGAACAAAGAGGCGCGAUAGGUGUAGGAGCGGUGCAAUCGGGAGCUUUCCCACUCGUCUAGAGCAUUGUUUGAUGUGCUAGCAUCAGAUGCUUCAGGGACACAAGUUAGAGACUGGCAACAAUCUCAUCACGUCGCAGGCACUGUAGACCUUUGAUUCCUGCCGCCUGUUGAAUGAGCAUGGAGAGCCCGCACUGACUUCGCACUACCUUCUUCGUAUGUUCCAGAGGCAGCAUCUGGAAAGCGAUAG